UGAAAUGAAGAUAUUGAAUAUCUGUGAAAGAUUUCAAGCGUAUCGGAGAUGUCAGCUUUGCUGUGAUACCCAGUCUGAGCAAAAUACACCUUAUACCUUACAUUUCACAGUCUUUUCUUGCUGAAGUAAAUGAGUUGAAGUGUGAAUGUGAGAUGUAUCAUCUCUCUGUCUGCUUUAUGGGCAAUGGAACGGCUCUCCAUUAAAUGAUUCCUAAAGAGUGAGAGUUUGACAAUAGCUAGGACUUUACACAUCACGUUCUUGCUGGGAGGUGUGAAUUCUGGAUUAAUUUGGACAAUUUUUCACUUUCUAAUUCCCUCUGGCUCGAGUGCAGGAUAUUUAAUGUCAAAGAUAUAAAAAAAUCACACCUGUCUGUCUGUCUGUCACAUCUCAGUCUCAAGACAGAUAGAUUGAUGGACAGGUGGGCAGACAAAGAUAUGCUAAAUCCGUAUACAUUCCCAAACUGACACUCAAAGGUUUGAGCAUCACCAUGUUGGCCGCGCGUGGCCGACAGAGGGCGAAGCGCAUCCAAACCCCUGAACGCCUCCAGCCACGCCUCUCUUUCUUUCUGUGCGUGUGUGUGUGUGUGUUUUUGGAAGGAGGUGUCGGGGAAUCUCCUGCACAUAAACCCACCUUCAAAAAAAGAGCUGGAGUAUUACAUCACGGGGCCACGCGUGUAUAUAUGAGAGGCGCGCGCGUGAGAGAGGCAUUCCUAGAGUUUUUGCUCCAGAUGCGUCGCGUGCAGAACCUCAACGCGUGAUGCUGCGCACGGGACAUGCGAUUCUAAUGCAUUUAAUAGAUUUAAUGAAAACCACCGGUUUGGAGCGAUACGUGGACAUUUGAGACUGAGACAUCACCAGGGAUUGAUGAGUGAAAUUCUGCAUCUUCUGCAUAAAGUUUCCGUCUCCCGUUAUAUGGAUGGAUAGAUCAGCUGUCUAAGAGCUGAAACUCACGUGCACUUUGGAUUUGCUUUGCGUAAACGCUUUGGAAAGUUUCCUGGAGCGCACUUUCCCUUCGCGCGUCAUGAUGGAUCAUUCGCAGUGUUUGGUGGCCGUGUACCUGCUGCUGGUUUCUCUCGUUCAGUGUCAGCAUUAUUAUCUCCUCAGACCGAUCCCCAGCGACGCAUUACCACUGCUGGAGCUCAAAGAAGACCCGGACCCCAUCUAUGACCCACGGGAGAAAGAUCUGAACGAAACCGAGCUCAGGAGCGUCCUCGGAGACUUUGACAGCCGCUUCCUCUCCAUCGCGCCUCCACAGGACCGCUACACGGGCAACGAGGACGUGGACGAGCCGGAGAUGCAGCAGUACCCCACCGGACUCAUGCCCAAAGACAUCAGGGGUCUGGACUUUGACAUGCAGUGGGGCAAAAAGCGCAAAGCGAGUAAGAAGCUGAAGCGCAGGCUGCAGAUGUGGCUGUGGUCGUAUUCCUUCUGCCCGGUGCUUUACUCGUGGAAUGACCUCGGCUCACGGUUCUGGCCGCGGUUCGUCCGGGCUGGAAGCUGCUACAGUAAGAGGUCCUGUUCGGUUCCAGAGGGGAUGCUUUGUAAACCUGCCAAAUCCACGCAUAUCACGCUGCUGCGCUGGAGAUGCGUGCAAAGGAGAGGCGUGCUCAAAUGCGCGUGGAUACCCGUGCAGUAUCCCAUCAUAACGGAGUGCAAAUGCUCCUGCGCAAACUGAACACUUGUUUCACAAAAAAACUAAGAACUUGGAUCUAAUCUAUGUGUGGACAAAAAUAUAAAAACACUGAUACAGAUGCAAAUGACUGGACAAGUGAUGAAAAACACUGUUCAAUAUUUCUGGAUUUAUGAAGUUAAAAAUGUUAUAUUUUGAUAACUGUCAUGAACAAAUGCUUAACAGGACAGUAUACAUCUGAAUGUGAAUAGAUCUAUUUUUUCAUAUUUAUCCAAUGCAAAGUAUAUAUAUAGUAUAUAUAUAUAUAUAUAUAAUUGUCAUGCAAUUCAAUGUAUAUUAACUGAAGAUUUGUUAAGCAUUGUGCAAUGUAACAAAGUCUGUAAAUACAAUUUCAUGAAAGUGAUUCCCAUUCAUAUUUUAUGCACUAUGGUGUGUAUGAAUGUAUUGUAUAUGUCGUGCCAACAUGUUAGCUACUUGUAAAAAGCCAGUAUUAUGAGUACUACCCAGAGUCUACUGUAUUUGUGGAAAAUAUUGGUAACGUGUGUAUUUAUAUUGCAGAGAAUGGCCCGUAGAGCCUCUUCAGAUGUUUUAUAUAGUUUUCCACUCUUUGGAAGACGCAGAUGUGACGACCUCAAAAUUUAUUAUGGAUUUUCUUGUUUUUAUGUCUCACAAUAUGACGACGAUCUGUCCUGUAAAUUAAGAUGAACUGUUAUUUAUUCUUUAUAUUCAGAUAAUAAAAUAUCCAUAAAACUCCAGCAUGUUGUGCUUUUGUUUUAUAAGUCUUUGUUUCUUCCAUGACCCCCGUGAAGAAACUUCA